AUGGGCCGCACUCGGGAUGCUGGCUGUGUGGCUGCUGGGGUGGUUAUUGGGGCUGGUGCCUGCUACUGUGUAUACAGACUGACCUGGGGAAGAGAUGAGAGCGAGAAAAACUGGGAUGAUGAGGACUCUAGUGAUGGGGCAGAGACUGAGGUGGAGACUGAGAAAAGAGCACAGGCUAACCCUGGGGCAGUGGCUACAGUCAGAGUUGAGGCUGACUCAGUGGCCAAGGAUAAGGUUGACUUGGAAAUUAAAAGUGGUACCGAAUUAAAAGUGGAGGCCCAUUUGAGGGUCCAGAAUGGGGGUGGCCUAGAGGCCAAGGCCAAGGCUCUUUUCAGCACCUUGAAAGAACAAGCAAGUGCAAAGAUGGGCAGAGGAGGCAGGGUGGGUAUCAACUCUGGAACCAGGACACUUGCACCGAGUUUACCCUGCCCAGGAGGUAGGGGUGGAGGCUGCCACCCCACCAGAGCUAGAGGUGGGAGCAAAGCAAGUGGAAAACCCAAGGGAAAGCCAAAAAGCAAGAGCACUAAGCCUCCAGUUGCAGCAUGGCCUGCCCGCAGGGUUAAGUUCAACUUUCCCUAUAAAAUUGAUGAUAUUUUGGGUGCUACAGACCUUCAAAAAGUCCUUAAUAUCCUGGAGAGAUCAAAUGAUCCUUUUAUUCAAGAGGUAUCUUUGGUCACUCUGGGUAAUAAUGCAGCAUAUACAUUUAACCAAAAUGCCAUUCGUGAAUUGGGUGGUGUUCCAAUUAUUGCUAAAAUGAUAAAGACAAAAGAUCCCAUUAUUAGGGAAAAAGCUUACAAUGCUCUUAAUAAUUUGAGUGUAAUUGCUGAAAAUCAGGGCAAGAUUAAGACAUAUAUUAGUCAAGUUUGUGACGACACUGUGAUCUGUCGUUUGGAUUCAGCUGUGCAGAUGGCUGGACUAAGACUGCUAACCAACAUGACAGUGACUAAUCAUUACCAACAUUUGCUUUCCUAUUCUUUUCCAGAUUUUUUUGCUUUGUUAUUCCUGGGAAAUCACUUCACUAAGAUACAGAUUAUGAAGCUAAUUAUAAACUUUACUGAAAAUCCAGCCAUGACAAAAGAGCUGCUCGGUAGUAAAGUACCGUCAGAAUUGAUUUCUCUUUUUAAUAAAGAACGAGACAGAGAGAUUCUUCUUAAUAUCCUAACCAUAUUUGAGAAUAUAAAUGACAACAUAAAAAGUGAAGGGUUUGCAUCAUCCAGGAAAGAAUUCAGCAGAAGUUCACUUUUUUUCUUAUUCAAAGAAUCUGGGGUGUGUGUAAAGAAAAUUAAAGCAUUAGCAAAUCACAAUGAUCUGGUGGUGAAAGUAAAAGUCUUAAAAGUAUUGACCAAACUCUAA